GCUAGUUACGUGCUAUGUACGGUGCUAAGUAAUCUACGGGAAUCACCACAGACGGGAGCACGCGAAGUCAUGUGCUCUUGAGCCUCGGCCCCGCGGUCUACGCUUCACCAGCCACACCCCAUCCCACCCGUUCAACGUUCAGCAGUUUGCUCGCUGCACCCAGGAGCUUGCUCGUCCAAUUCCUCCCAGCGCUCCCCAUGCUUCCACCAUGCUUGAAUUCCGUACGCAAGGCUUCAAUGGCUACAGCGUCAAGUACUCGCCCUUCUUCGACUCGCGCAUUGCCGUUGCCGCCUCCGCCAACUUCGGCCUUGUCGGAAAUGGCCGUGUCUACAUCCUAGGCCUCACCCCCAACGGCAUCGUCGCCGAAAAAUACUUUGAUACCCAAGAUUCGCUCUUCGAUACGACCUGGUCCGAGACAAAUGAGCAUCAGCUACUUACGGCCGGCGGCGACGGCAGUGUGAAGCUCUUCGACAUUAACCUCUCCGAGUUUCCCGUCCAAUCAUGGACUGAGCAUGCCCGUGAGGUGUUUUCGGUGCAUUGGAACCUUGUUUCCAAAGACACAUUCCUCUCAUCCUCAUGGGAUGGCACCAUCAAGAUCUGGAACCCCAAUACCGCGAACUCCCUCACCACACUUCCAACACAUUCGUGCACAUACUCUGCCCAGUUCAGCCCCCACUCGCCGACAAUUCUUUCGAGCGUAUCCAGCGAUUCGCAUCUACGCAUAUUCGAUCUGCGGACGCCAGCCAGCGCCUCCAACCACCUUACUCUGAACAUACCCAUCCACACUCCCCCGAAACCCCGUAUGGGUGCAGCGGCCCCUGUAGGCAUUCCACCGUCAGAGGCUCUCACUCAUGAUUGGAACAAAUAUCGUGACACCAUCAUUGCCACUGCUGGCGUCGACCGCUUGAUCCGGACUUUCGAUAUUCGUGCACCUGCUCAAGGGCCCAUCGCUGUGCUAGCGGGUCAUGAGUACGCUGUACGAAGGAUUACAUGGUCCCCGCAUCUCUCCGACAUCCUCCUAUCAGCGAGUUACGAUAUGACAUGUCGGGUGUGGACCGAUGGCAGUGCAAUGGGCGCGGGAGGUCCCGCGAAGCAGGAAAACAUGCUGGAAGCUCAGAACAUGAUACUCGGCGGUGGCAGGGAAAUGGGACGAAUGGGUCGGCAUACUGAGUUCGUCACGGGCGUGGAUUGGUGUCUCUUUGGAGCCGAAGGGUGGUGUGCCAGUACUGGCUGGGACGAGCGUGUGCUGGUUUGGGAUUGCAGGGCCAUCAUGCAGUGACACCUUUUUAUUUACCCAGAGGAAAAGCUGUGAUACCAUAGGUCAUGGUGUAUUGCACCUACAUGCGGCGUUCGGUCGGGUAUUAUCUGGGCUUUGUCUAACCAUUUCCGCCUGUCCACAUUGGCAUUUCGACGUGCCUGGGUGGGGUUUGCGAUGCUCCCCACCAUUCAACGAUGAUAUUUACAAUCCUCAUCUCCGAUUCUUACAGAAAUAUCUUUACAGAUGGCUGAUGAUAUAACUCAUGGCCCUCAUUUAACACAGGGUCGUCAUGGCUCCAAAUCAUAGGGGAGGUGGUAUUGCCGAUACCCAAAUCCUUCCAUGGUUACCUCAUGUCCCAGGCGCUCGAGUUCG